AUGCGCGGGCAUCAGCGCGUGCAUCCGCGUCGCAGUUUUCUCAGUACAAUUUUGACGUUGGAGGUGUACAGUCGAGUAAUUAUGGAUAAAUUAAUGUUGUAUUAUUUAUCAAGACGACGGCGACGACGAAUUGCCAAAAAAAGACGCCAGCCAGUAAGCCCGUACGUUGAAUCUAGGUUACUGUGCGGGGAAUUCGUGGUGAAGUUUGGUAUAUUAAGAGAAAAUGAAAGGUUUUUUUUCAAAUAUUUUAAAGUUUCAUUACAAGUCUAUGAUGAAUUAUAUUCAAAACUGGAGCCCUAUUUGAAGACUAACAAUCUACGAUUGAAAUCUACGUCAAUCGUAUCACCAAUGGAACGAUUUGCAAUGACAUUGCGAUAUUUAGUCAGUGGACAUACCUUCGUCGAUAUUCAUCUGGCGUAUCAUACAGGACUAACCACGGUCAGAAAAAUAGUAACAGAAGUUUGUCAAAUUAUAAUUGAAAGGUUAAAGGAAGAAUGUAUACCAAAAUUUUCCCGUGCGCUAUGGGAAGAGACUGAAAAAGGUUUUUUAACGCAAGCCCAGUUUCCUAACUGCAUAGGUGCAAUAGACGGAAAACAUAUACGCAUUAUAAGACCUCCACAUAGUGGUUCCCUCUAUUACAACUAUAAGCAUUACUAUUCUAUUGUACUGCUUGCAAUGUGUAACGCCAACUAUGAGUUUACCUAUAUAAACGUGGGAGUGCAGGGUAAAGAAUCUGACUCCGCAAUUUUCACACAAAGCCGAUUGUACGAACAAAUCAACAAUGACUUAAUAGAUAUUCCUCCUGCCAAAGCAUUGCCCGUAAUACACAAUGAUAAACCAACAAACAUUGCUGCAACCGCAGCUUUGCCCUAUAUUAUUGUAGGAGAUGAAGCAUUUGGGUUAUCUAGCCAUGUCAUGCGGCCAUAUGCUCGAGCUCUCGAUUUAAACUACAAAAAAAAAAUAUUCAAUUAUAGGUUAACGAGAGCGCGACGUUAUAUUGAGUGUACAUUUGGUAUCAUGGCUAAUAAAUUUCGCAUACUCCAUCGUCCAUUGAACGUUGGAAAAGACAAAGCAAUUUGUUUUCUUAAAACAAUUUGUAUUUUGCAUAAUUUUAUAAGAUCAAGAAGUCAAAUUAAUGACUUUCAUGAUAUUGUCAUUAUACCAGACCAUAUACGUUCAGUUCGGGGGUUAAUUGGAAAUACCCACAGAGAUUCGUAUACAUUACGCGAUAACUUCGCAGAUUAUUUCGUUGCAGACGGACAGCUGUCAUGGCAAGAUCGCAGUAUUUAUUGAAGAUAGUUGGCUUUUUUAACCGACUUCAAAAAGGAGGAGGUUAUCAAUUCGUCGGAAUCUUUUUUUUUUUUUUUUUAUUUUUUUUUUUUUUAGGUAUGUUCGGAGAUUACUCGAAAACGGCUGAACCGAUUUGGAAAAUUCUUUUUUUGUUUGAAAGGGUGUCGUUUCUAGUUGGUCCCAUGAAAACCAGGUUGCGAUCUGAUGAUGGGAUCCUGGGAAACUUGAGGGAAUCUUUUUAAUAUUAUAGGUACACUCGAAGCGAUAACGAUAUUUUCUGAAGUAACUUGCAUGAUAAUGCAAUUUAUGAAGAUACAGAGCUGAUCUGAUGCUGGAUCCGGAAGGUGGCCAUAGGAACUCUGCAAUAAAACGACAUAGCUCCAACAAAUUUGGGCUCGUUUGAUUCGUAUUGCCGAGCACUUUUACCCUAUAUGGAAAUCAAGGAAUAUUACGAAGACAUAGCUGAUCUGAUGCUGGAGCCGAAACAUGGCUAUAGGAACUCUGCAAUAAAACAAGAUAACUCCAACA